AUGGUGUACCAGGCCCAAGGCGCCGCUCUUGGCUACUGCGGGGCUCAAAGUCCUGAGAAGAAGCCUAAAACAUGCUCCCGGCGCGGGACCUCAGCAACCAAAAACCACUCUGGACCAAGGAAAAGGGAAAAUGGCGACAGCGGCGAACAACCCGGAAGUCCCGCCUCCGCCGGCGUGAGCCGCAGGAAACCGCCCGGCACCCUCCUGGGGCAAGAUGCACAGCCUUCUGGGAUGUGGGAGUGCCAGAACCAAGGGGACUGUCCGUUCUUCGCUGGGGGAAAUCGAGAAACCAGAGCAACAAAUCAUAGGCGCAGUCGCACCAAAUUCACAGAUGAUCAGUUGAAAAUCCUCAUCAAUACCUUCAAUCAAGAACCUUAUCUGGAUUCUGCCACCAAAGAAAAACUUGCUUUAGAAACUAACAUUGAUGAGUCAAGAAUCCAGAUUUGGUUUCAGAAUCGAAGAGCCAGGCGCAAAUCAGAGAAGAAAACAGAACUUGAGGAGACUUUAGAAUCGAGCCAAAGCCAAGGACAAAUUUGUCCUGCAGAAGAGAAGCAAAGAAGAGAAACCAGACAGUGUCGCACCUCCUUCAGUCCCACACAGUUACACACUCUCAUCCAGGCUUUUGCAAAAGACCGUUACCCUGGGAUUGAGUGCAGAGAACAACUUGCUGAAGAAACUGGGGUUCCAGAGUCAAGAGUCCAAACUUGGUUUCAAAAUCGAAGGUCUAGAUACCAUUCCCAGAGAAGAAAAAAAGAAUGUGAUAAGUCCUUAGAACAAGAUCAAGAUCUCUGAGGGAGAUCAAGGUAUAGAAGAUAUACAAUAAGACCAACUUCCCCAGCAACACUAUUAUUUCUCUGAAGCCAGAAUAUGGUGGCUUCUUUUAUUUAUUUUCCAUGAGCUGCAGAAGAUCAU